AUGGCAGACUCCAAAUCCCCCCUCGAGUCGGAGGACCCUUCGUUCGAGCCGGUUAGACCCCAGCCCUCCGGCAGUUGGUUCUCCUCUGCUUUCGGCGGCCCAAAUGUCCUAAUUGGUCCCCGUAUUGAGCCUGUCGCGACCCAUUUGCUCAAGAACGCCGCCGAGAUCGAAUCCGACUCCGCCAAUGACAUCGUGGGGAAGCAGCUUGCUUCGGAAGAAGGAAAUGGCAUUCAGUACAGAACCUGCAGCUGGCAGAAGACGGCCGGAUUACUGUUCAGCGAAUACAUCGUGCUCUCCAUCAUGUCGUUCCCAUGGAGCUACUCGCUGCUCGGUCUCGUCCCCGGCCUUAUCCUCACCGUCGUGUGUGCCGGCCUGGUGCUCUACACUAGUCUCAUUGUGUGGGAGUUCUGUCUGAGACAUCCCGAGGUCAAGGAUGUCAGUGAUAUCGGUCAGAUGCUUUGGUGGAACAAGCGUUGGGCUUGGUGGUGGACUGCAUCCAUGUUCUUGCUCAACAACACCUUCAUCCAAGCCCUCCACGUCCUUGUGGGAGCCAUGUACCUGAACACCAUGACCGAAGCCGAUACGAUUCACGCAUGCCGAACGGUCGCUUUCGCGGUUGUCGUCACCGCCCUGAGCUGGCUCGGCUCCCUGCCCCGAACCUUCGAGAUGCUGUCCAAGCUGGGCUUCGGAUCCGCCUUCUUCACGUUCAUCUCCGUUUUCCUGGCCACUGUUUUUUCCGGUGUCCAGGGAAAGCCCGCCGGCUACCCUUCGUUGGGUGAACCCGUCUGGUCUGUUUGGACACCGAGCACUACGACUCUUGUUUCGGGCAUGUCGGCCUUUAUGAACAUGAGCUACACCUUCAUUGGCCAGACCACCCUCCCCAGUUUCAUCGCAGAGAUGCGUGAGCCUCGUGAUUUUCCCAAGGCUCUUUGGGCUUGCACCAUUGCUGAAAUCAUCACAUUUUCCAUCGUCGGUUCCAUCAUCUACGUUUACACUGGGGAGCAGUACAUGACUGCUCCUGCUUUUGGUGUUCUGACCGACACCUACAAGAAGGUUUCAUACUCCUUCAUGGUCCCCACCAUCAUUUUCGUGGGAUGUCUGUAUGCUUCCGUCUCUGGACGCUUCGUCUUCUUCCGCAUGUUCCAGGACUCGAAGCACCUCACAGAACACACCAUCAAGGGUUGGCUCUACUGGGGAGGCGUCUUGCUUAUCAGCUGGAUCGCCUCGUUCAUCAUCGCGGAGGUCAUUCCAUUCUUCUCCUCCCUUCUUUCCGUCAUGUCCUCCCUCUUCAACUGCUGGUUCGGCUUCAUUUUCUGGGCCCUCGCCUACUUCCGCAUGCGCAAUGCCGACCAGAAGGCCGGCCUCGAGCGAAACCGCAUCCUGGAUUAUGUGUCCGUGGUCUUCAACACCAUUCUCGUUUUGAUCGGCGUUCUGUUCCUCACUCUCGGUACCUAUGUCAGUGUGCAAGGUAUCAUCGACCAGUUCGAGGCAGGCACCGUCGGUGGAGUUUUUACAUGCAAGAGCAAUGGUCUCUAA